AUGGCCCACCGCGCAAGAACGACCGCCCGUCUUUCCACCCCUACCUUCCGACGCUCCGGCGACGGCUUCCCGUGCCCGAACACGGAAAGGCGGAAGAUGGUACGCGCGCGAAACGCGCUUAUUCCCCCCCAAUCUUCCGCUUCUCCAUGGCAGAACUCGGCAGUCUACCUUUCCCUCCUCCCCUCCAAUCUCCUUCUCCUCUAUUCUAGCUUACUUAUCAUCAAAGGUUUUGAAGUCUGUGCGCUUUUCUUACCCUCCGUCUUCCGGCUGUUCCUCAUCCACCUCCAGUUGUUUGGUCUCGUCCUCUCCUUCGAUUUUAUCGCCUCCACGAGACGAAUAUUGCUACUAGCGAGUCCCCGUCCUGGCCCUUCUACCUCCGCGUUGCUGAUCCCUUCGCAGCUUCCUUCCUUCUCCCACCACCACCACCACAGCAAGUCAUUGGCACGCACGCGCACCAUCAAUCGACACCAAACGCACUCUCGUGCGUGCUACGCUGUACACGAUCGUUGGGCUGGCCUCGAUGAUGGCGCUCCUCGUCGUCCUCGUUCGGCCCCAACGAUUUCCUCCCCGCCCUCGGUGAUGAUGACCUCACCUGCCUCACGCUGCUUGCUCGGCGACGACGUGCAAGCCCUCGUCGCCGUCUUCGACCUGCUCAAAAGCAGAUUUGCCGCGGGCGUCAUCCACGCUUCCUCAUCGAGUGCGGGGAAGAGUGAUGCGAAAGGGGGUGGGGGCCCAUCCCCUCCCUUCCCCCUUGUCGAACCGGGGCAGGGGGAGCUAUCCCCCAUCGCGUUCAGACGAUUUUUCUCGACCCCCCUAACCGCCGGAGGCCUGUGUGCGCCCCCUCGGCGAGUUGGUGCGAUGAAGGAGGGGGUCCUCCCACCCCACCCCCUCCGUGAGCCCCUCCCCCUCGUCUUGGCGUCGCCCGUGAGGGUCACGGGGAGGUUGCGAAGGGGUUACGCACCCCCUUUCUGCGUCGAGGAAGGCUCGAAGACGAGGGGAGGCGCGUUGCCCCCCUUCGUCCUGCGCCGCCCCCCUCGGCGAGUUGAUGCGAAGGGGGAGGGGGUCCUCCCUCCCCCCUCUCCAAUCUCGCAAGCCUACCUACCCUCCCCUUCCCUUUGUCUCGCCGCGACGACGUCGAGGGGCGUGCACCCCUCGCUUACGUCCAUAAAGGACUUGAAGGGGGGAGGGGAGGGGAGGAGUAUCGCACCCCCUCGUCGUGCACCACCGCUCCCUCCCGCCUCAUACGACGAGUUGAAGCGCGCUGACAACUUUUGUCGGGUUCUUUUCGUCUGGAGGCAUGCCUCGUGCCCUCGGCGAGCGAGUGCGACGAGGGUGAGCUGCCCUUCCCACCCCCACGCAUAUCCCCACCCCUCAACGCUACGAAGAUCUCCUGAUGAUAUUCCCUCCCCACCUCCCCCCUUCGCUAUCCACGAAGGUGGGGAACUCGGAUCGGGCGAGAGGGUGGCCCGAAGGCGCUGAGCGCACCUUCGCUGCGAGAAUCGAGGGGGAAGCAUAAGACGAGGGGAAGACUCGGGGUGUGGGAGGGAUCCCUUCCCCUUCGUUCUCGGGUGCACCCGCUCGAGGGUGGGGUCGCUUUUCCGGGUGCGUGGUGUGGGUAAGCACUCCCCUUCUUCGUGUAGCUACAGGUUCGAUGCUCGAGUAGACGAGGUGUCAGUAGAUACCAAAUUCAAGACGUCUUUGCCUCAUUUCUC